ACGUGUGGUCUGUGCUCCUUCACGCCCCCUUUAUCUCUGCCAACAAGUACAAAGUUAAUGGGUGAAGAGAAAAUACACAGCAUGAUAUAAGUGCUCAAGAUUGCUGCUGCAUAGAUUGCUGCUAUAGCCUAAAUCAAUAAGAAAAAUGACAAACGAGUCUCUUCAUGUCAACAUAGACAAGUGGAUUAAGGAGAAUGAGGCUUCUUUCUUACCACCUGUCUGCAACAAAUUAAUGUUCUUCUAUCAGUUAAAUAUCAUGUAUGUUGGUGGUCCAAACAUAAGGAAGGAUUACCACAUAGAGGAGGGUGAAGAGCUGUUUUACCAGAUCCGGGGAGACAUGGUCUUGAAAGUGAUAGAGAAUGGCAAACACAAAGAUGUGCAUAUCCGUGAAGGAGAGAUGUUUUUGCUGCCAGCACGAAUCCCCCACUCUCCUCAGAGGCAGGCCAACACAGUGGGACUAGUGGUGGAGAGGAAAAGACUGCGCUCGGAAACAGACUGUCUCCGAUACUAUGUGGAUAACAGCACAGACAUCCUGUUUGAGCGCUGGUUUUACUGUGAGAACCUGGGAACUCAGCUAGUUCCAGUUAUUCAGGAGUUUAUGGCAUCGAAGCAGCAUAAGACUGGAAAACCUGACCCAGAUGAACCUAUCAAGCCGCCACCUUACCCCCUCAACACAAUGAAUGUGAUGACCCCGUUCUCCUUCAAAGGCUGGGUAGAGAAGCAGAAGCCUGCUCUGGUCAGCGGACGACCUCUGGACAUGUUUGGGAAUCAGUUUGAGACUGAGGUUAUGUUGUAUGGUCCUGGAGAAUCAGAGACAUCCAAAAGAACCUGCGAUGGAUGGAUCUGGCAGCUAGAGGGAUCCUCAAGUGUCUCUAUGAAUGGCCAAGACUAUAAUCUCUCCGUAGGAGACUGUCUUUUGGUACUUGGAUUGACAGAGUAUCACUGGCAGAGGGCUGAGAAUUGUGUUGCCUUGUACGUUGUUCAAAAUCCAGAGAGGAAGAGGCCUUUCUAAGUAGUGGCAGACAAAUAUUUGUUUGUGAUCUGCCUUAAGAUUAAGUCCUUCUAUAAAGGUCCUGUGGUUUAUACAGUAGACAACUGUACAAUUACAAGAAAAAUAUAUUGCAUUUUAUUUUAAAGUAUCAGUGAAGUUUUUUUUAGGUCAUAAAAUGUCAGUAAUAUUCUACUUAUGAAAUAACCAUAAUUCUUUACAUUCUGAAAUAAUAAUGAAAAUAAUCUAAUAUAUAAUCUAAUAUAUCUAAUAAAUUAGGGAUACAUUUAUAAAUUUAAAAUUUAUAUCCUGAAUUUACAUAUCUUUGUAAAGCUGCUUUGUGACAAUGUCCAGUGUUAAAAGUGCUAAAUAAAUAAAAUUGAAUUGAAUUGAAUAAAGCUAAUUACUAAUAUAA